CUUUCAAGCAGUCAGUCACUGCUGGACGCUGGAGACAAACCAUGAGGACAAGAGAGUCGCGUUAAGCUCCUGACUCAAUGAUUACGGGUGAGCAGCACAAGACAAGCAUCAAAAUGGAUUAUAAAUAUGAUAAUGGAAUAGAACUGCUGUUGGCUCACAUGAAUAUAGAAGAUAUUAUCAACGCUGCAGAGACUCUGUAUCAGCUUGAGGAAGAGGAGGAAGGAGGCUCGUCAUUCGAGGAGGAAGGUCUCUCCCAAGAGGAUAUGGAUGAGAACGAAGAGGCUGGGGACUUAGUGAGGAGUCAGCAGAAGGACUAUGUGGACGGGGUUGGUGGUGUUCGAUAUGGAACAGCGACAGACCUCCUGGCCUUCGUCAACCUUCUCUCCAACAUGAAGGCAGAAGCUGUGCAGCACCUGCCUGAGGAGAUGGGCGUCCUGCUGAACAAGAAGGAAAUGACUGUAAAGAAAGGCCGCUACCAGAUCAACAUGGAUGUGCUCCUGUUUCCAUGGAAGCUGACCUACAAGAAUCAUGGCUCUGGCCUCGUGCCCAAGGGCUCAUUCGGGAAAGUCCACUUGGCUCAGGACACCACCACCAGGAAGAGAAUGGCUUGCAAACUGAUCCCCAUGGAGAACUUUAAAGCAGCGGACGUGGAGUUCCAGGCCCGGUUCCGCCAUGAAAACAUCGCUGAGCUGUACGGUGCUGUGCUCUGGGACCAGAGUGUCCACCUGUUCAUGGAGGCCGGGGAGGGCGGCUCUGUAUUGGAGAAGCUGGACAGCUGUGGUCCCAUGAGAGAGUUUGAGAUCAUCUGGGUGACCAAGCAAGUCCUGCGGGGCCUGGAGUACCUGCACUCGCACAACGUCAUCCACCACGACAUCAAACCCAGUAACAUUGUCCUGAUGUCAGACAAGGCUGUGUUGGUGGACUUUGGUCUGACGGUGCAGAUGACAGAGGAUACAUACAUUCCCAGAGACCUGAGAGGAACAGAGAUGUACAUGAGUCCUGAGGUGGUUCUGUGUCGAGGACAUAAUACCAAGACAGACAUCUACAGCCUGGGAACCACCAUCAUUCACAUGCAGACUGGGAGCCCUCCAUGGGUCCAGAGAUACCCACGCACUGCCUACCCAUCCUACCUCUACAUUAUCCACAAGCAGGCCCCGCCUUUGGAGGACAUAGCAGAGGACUGCAGCCCGACCAUGCGCUCCUUCCUGGAGCGAGCCCUGGAGAGGAACCCUGCUCUGCGGAGCUCAGCAUCCGAGCUGCUGAAGGAUGAGGCCAUCAACCCGCCCAGGGAGGAUCAGCCGCGCUGCUGGAGCCUUGACUCAGCCAUGGAGGAGGCCAACCACAUCAUACUACGGCAGCAGAGCCAGCAUCACGACACCACACAGGAUUCUUCUCUGUACUCUGAGGACUCUGGCCACAUGAGGAGGAAGGGCUCCUUGUACAUUGACCUGGGGGCCUUGUCAGGUUAUUGUAAACUGGUAACAGGCCCCCCCACCUCAGAAUAUGGCUAGCGACAGACCAAGGCUCUGCCUUUAUGUGGCUGAACUGAAUCAAAGCCAACUGAUCAUUUACUUUUAAGCCUUUUUUAAAAACAUAUGGCUUAACUGUUGAAGAUGAUGAAUACUUCAGACAGGUGGACAGCCCAUUGAUGAACUGCAAUUGCUUACAAGACUCAAUAUGACUUGUAAUGAAUGGAAUAGCUCAACCUUGAUGCUGAAAUUAGCUGAUGUGACGCAACAACACUGCAGGACAGUGCCUGAAAGAACUGUAUUGUGUAUUAUUAAAAAUUAACCGUCAGCUAUUGGUAUUACUUCUCAGAGCUCCCUAUGUUCUAUAUUUCAGUGUAGUAGUCAACACAGUAAUUAAAUGUAUGCUGAGUUUUUUCUCAUGAAAGAAUGUCCAAUGGUUGAAAAAGAAACUGUCACUAAAAAUAUGUAAGCUAUCUGUUAAAGUAUGUGUGCACUAUGCAAACAUGUAUAUGUAGUUCUUAAUGGACUUCCUCUUGUUAAUUCCUGUGGAAUAUUAAUAGCAUCAUGAUGCUAUGUAAAUGAGGCUUCUGUUGAAUGCAUAUGAUAUCUAUUUUGUGUUUUGUACAUCCUGUGAGAUGAGGCCUGCUAUGCUAUUUAGAGAAAAAAACAAUUGUGUUACAUCUGUUUUCCUUAGUACUAAGCAUAGAAAUUGCCCAAAGAUUGAAAAUGUGUCAUUAUGCAAUAAAUGCAAUAACAUGAUAA